AUGUUAAAAAUAAGAGCAUUAAAUCGUGAAGCUUCAUCAGAUGAAGAGGCUCCAGUUAUAAGAAGAGAAGCUCAGGAAGGAAUUGCUCUUGAAUUAUAUAAUAAAGCUCUUCGAUUACAAGCUCAAGAAGUUUUUACUGAAGCUGAAUCUAUUCUACUUAAGUUGAUUGAUGAAAACAUUCCUCUUCUAGAAAACAAUGGAGGUCUUCCAAAAUCUAUGUCUAAUUUAAAAUACUCGUGUCAUGUUAAUAUAGGGAACAUAUAUUUAAAGCUUAACAGAGUUAACGAUGCACUGGAAAGAUUUCUGUUGGCUUCUGAAUUGGAUGCCACUGAUGUUACAUUAUGGUAUAAAAUAGGAAAUUUGUCUAUCGAUGAAGACAAAUUUAGACAAUCUGCAUACGCUUUUGCGAAGGGAUUAGAAUGCAGCGAAUCUCAUUGGCCAUGUUUAGACAAGUUAAUUUUAGUUUUAUAUGCCAUAAAAGAUACUAUAGCUUGUUUAGAAUACAUAGGAAAAGCUUUAAUGCUAGAUCCGGACUAUACGAAAGGCCUGGUAUUGAGAAAACAAAUAUACAAAGAUAACCCUGCGUCUAAAGAAUAUUACAAACUCUAUAAUCCUGAGAGUAUAUGGGAACCUCCUUUGGACAUUGAGGUACCUGAGGAUGAUGAAAAAACGUAUUUAGAAGAAGCACAAAUUUUAGUUAAUAAAGUUAAUGAAGCAGAAAAAGCGCUUGCGCCAAAGCCACUGCAAACGAUUGCACUACCUAAACCAUUAGUGGAUUAUACUUGGCUAUGUUUAACAGAAACAAUCGUCUAUAUUCAUCAAUAUCUAACAGAUGAAGGACUGAGUCACUUUACAAUGUUUGAUAUGUCUAAGAGUAUGAGUUUCAAUGAUUCUUGUACUUUCAAAUUUCCCCAAACUGAAAUUGAUGAUUCAAAAGUGACUGAAGACAAAACAGCGGAAGUAAACAAUAUUACACAAGUUAAUACCGAUACUGUUAUUAAUGAAGACAAAUUGAACAGCGAACAAAUAACCGAAAGAAGAGUUUCACAAAACAGCGAUAAUUUAAUGGAAGUGCAGGAAAUUACUCCGGUACAAACUGAUAACGAUGAGGAUCAAAACAUGGAACAAGACACUGAAGACCAAGAUGAAAAUGUCGAACCGAAAGAAAGAGGCCGACCGCGCGGAUCAAAACGAAAACGAGACCUUUUGUCAGAUCUACAAACUUGGGGUUGGUACAGCAGAAGGAAACUAUCGAAAAAAGCGAAAGAAAAAGAUUUUACCGUCGAAGACGCGUUCGAACGGAUCAUUCCUAAAACUUUGCUACCGCAAAGAAUCGAUCCUGAGAAGUUUUCCACCUUCGAAGACUCGAUGAACACGAUGGACUUGUACAAUAUGUACAUGGAAAAUUGCAAUGUUAACUAUUUAUCACCUAUUCACUCGCCGAAAUCCGUAAACUACGAACAGUAUUUCGGCACCGAGAAAGAACGAGAUGACGUCCAGGAAUUCUGGACGAAAUCUCGCGAAUACGUCGACGCCGUAGUUUUAAUCAAAGACUUGGUGUUCAAUCUAUCGAAAAUUUGGCACUACAAGUGGCCUAAAGAAUUGGUUGCUCUCUACUUGAAAGCCUACAGCAUGUUUCGAGAACAUUGCGAUCCACCGCAAGUAUUCUGCGGCGGACAUACGUUCGAAGAGCUGAGAAACGAUGGUUUGGCGUCCGUAUUAUACGGCGAGUUGAACGUUUUCAGCAGCGACGGUAAAGAAACCGUACCGCCCACGCUGAUCGGAUACAUGAGACUCAUUAGCGGUUGGGAGGAUAAAUGGAAAGAGGAGUACCCUUCGUUCUUCCUUCGCGUAUUUUGGUUGCAAUCGCAUUUGUUCCGGAAAGAAAACAACAACGAUUUAGCCAUAAAUUCUUUACAUCUGAUACAAGAAGCGAUGGAGGAGGAGGAAUCCAAGCAAAAGGAAAAGUACAUGCUGAGUUUACCGAAUUGCUUCAAAUACGGUUUGAUAAAUACAGAAAUCAUCGAUAAAAUUCUCAAACACUUGGACGUGAUCAGUUCGUUGGGAUCGGUAGAAAAUUUGUACAAUUCAGAAAAGUACAAAGAGGUCGCCGAUAUACUUAAAGCGACUUUUAACGGAGGCCCGUGCCCGCAGGUCGGACGUAUGGGACGUCAAGCUCAACUCGGCAUCCUGAUUCACUCACUUUGGUACAUCGAUAAAGCGGAAUGCUUCGUUUGGACGGAGGAAUGCUUAAACGAGGCGUUCGAACAAUAUUUAAAGUUCGGCAAAGAGCAGGAUAAGUGGGAAAAAAUUUUGGAAAAAUGUUUGGCCGUGUUGUACGAAAUCGUUAAGAGCGACACGAUUUGCGUGACGGAUUACUUGAAAGAAAUCAAUCGGGCGAGAAUCGUUGAAAAUCUGGCCAAAAUUAUAUCGAAGCAAUUAAAUUCCGAGGGUAAUAGGAAUCAUAUCAUCUGCUUGAAGCCAUGGAUUCUUCUGCACUUUGUGCUUCAAAGAGAGGAGCAAAGAGCAUAUGCGAAAAAGAGAAUUAAGAAAGGAAAAAAACCCGAUGCUGGACUUGAUAACGAUGAACCUCCAGAAAAUACAUUGCCGCCAUCUGUAGCCAUUAUAUUUUCGGCACACGAAUUUUUAGGUCCUAAAGGAUGGUGUAUGACAAAUCAAGGAGAAAUACUUCAUUUUAUAAUUGAUACAAUUCUAGAUAAAAUCGAUACUCCAAUUUUUGAACGUCUGAGAGAUAAAAUUGAUAUUCACAUUGAACAAUCUAUGUUUUGUUUAUAUCAACAUCCUAGUAAGAAAAAUAAAGUAUCUCGACAUCUGGCUGAUCAUAACGUGGAUCCUAUUCCGUUGUCAUGGGAACGAGCAUCUCAAUUAUUCGAGUUCUAUGGCCCAGAUUCUUUGCCAGAGUUUAACUCUUACAAGAACGCUUCAAUUUCUGCCGACUUGGAACAAUUGUUCAAGAGAAUUAUCGCUCUGGUCCCGUCAAAUAACGCUCCUCAACAACACUUACCUAAAAUUAUGGAUUACAUUCACGGCAAGACCGACAAAGUGAUGAACCCCAUCGAAUUUCCUCGCAAAGUAAAAGCUAUUUACUACCUCAUAGGAGAUUUUUAUUUCAAGCAAAAGGAGUUCAGCAAAUGCAUAAAAUAUUUUCAAAUGGACCUGUGCAUUAAUCCCGAUCGUUUGGAUUCUUGGGCUUGUUUGGGUUUAAGUUAUGCCGCUCAAUUGGAUACGAAGCUCAAUCAUUGUGAGAAAUUCAAAAGCGAGAUGGAAUUUUUGGAAAAAGCAAAAUACGCUUCUAUUUGUUUCAAAAAAUCUUUGGAAAUAUGUCCGGAUCCUCUUAUGUUGUGGAUAGAAUACGGUACUUUUCAAUAUACCGCUCAUUCUUAUUGUUCGAGAAUCAUGAAGUUUGAGUCAGAAAAUUUGAGUAUGGAAAAAUUUGAAUUUCUCGAAAAUCAAAAGAACAGUUACUUGGACAGUUCCGGAAACAGUUUCGAAAAAGCAAUUGCCAUUUAUGAAGUCGAUGAAACAAAUGAAGCGGAUGAAAGGUGGUUGCAGUAUUACAUUUUGGGAAAAAUUGCGGAAAAGAAACAAAAAGAACCGACUGAAUAUUUACAGUAUUAUUUAACAGCUAGUACACUUUUGGAAGAAAACAAUGCACAAUAUCCAGAAAAAAUCCACUAUAAUAACCCUCAACAUUUAUCAGUGGAAGCUUUGGAGCUUCACUACAGAAUCCACGCUUCGGUAUUGAAAUAUUUAGAGCUGCACGAAGGUAAAGAUAUACCAAACAGUUUAGGAGCGUUCUUCAAAAAGUGUAUGAGUGGUUCGAAGUAUUUGAAAAAACCUGCGCCGCCGCCUCCUCCUGCACCACCACCACAAAUCGUGCCUGAACCGGUCCCAUCAACAGAACCUCAAGAACCCGAUUUGUCAACCAAGGUUUCAAGUUCUGUUGGCUUCCAAGAGCAGUUCUUGAACUCGUUAAAUAAAUUAGGUGCAGCUGAUGCGAAAGAAAACAAAACUGACGAAAAAACACCUGUUACUAAAAGUGAUGAUUUAUCUACUAGUAUCGCUGAGCCUGGACCAACCCAAGUAACGCUUGAUGCCCAAAAAUCUGGCGAUGAUUCAGAGGACGUUAUAAUUUUAUCCGAUUCUGAUGAUGAUGUUAAAGUGAUUGAAGACACAAAUGAGGAAGAAGAAAAAGUUAAUAAAAUUGACAAGACUGAAGAGAGUGAAAAAAUGGUAACAGAUGGCGAAAUUAAUGAUGAAGGAAAAGAAAUUGAGAUCGUGAAAGGAGCAAUAGUCGAAACAGCUGAAAAUGGAAAAACUGAAGAUGAAAUGGAUGUUAGUGAAAAUGUUAAAACCGAACUUAAAGAUCUGACUUGUAAAAUUAGUGAUAAUUGUCCAAUCAAAAAUGAGGAAAUACAAAAUAAUGGUACUACUGAAAAAGAAGUGUUUGUAGAAAGCGUUCAAAAUGAAUCUGAAAUUAAAAUCGAGGAACCCAAAGAAAAUAUUGAAGCGGUUGAUGAAAAAACAGAAGUUCCAAAAGACAAUAUAGAAGUUGACGACGGCGGUAAGAGUAAAACCAAAGUUAAGGACGUUCAAAAAUUCCUGGAUGAUAUGAUGGAGCAGACGAUGAAAGAAACUGAAGAGUUGAGAAAUGAAGCGGAUUCCGAUCUAAGCGGUACUGAAAAAGUCGAAGAGGUUGUAAUAAACAACGAACAGGAAAAUGAAGAAGUCAACGUCAGAAAAGAAGAAGAAAUAGUGGCUGUACCUAAAAAAAUUAUAAGCGAUGGAGGUGGAACAGAUAAUGACAAUAAACGGGUAUCAUUAGAAGAAUCGAGUAGCGGUUCAAGUUCUUCAUCAAGUUCUAGUGACAGUUCAGAUUCAGAUAGUGAUGACGAUGACAGCAGUUCCACAUCUUCUUCAUCUUCGUCCGAUGGAUCAAAUGAGUUUAUGUCGCAAAGUGAAAUAUCGCAUUUAAUAGAUAGAUGUAUUCUUGGAUUAGAAAUAUGCAUAAUAAGACUCACUCAAAACUAUAAGGCUUUAUAUCGUCUGGCGCAUGUUUAUUUUAAUUAUAAGUCCAAAAAGGAUUUGUCGAAGUGCAAGCAGCUCUUGCUGGGAGAAUACAAAUGUAAGGACGGUACAUUUGUUUCGGGGUUAUUUAGUGACCGGAAACCAAACAAUUUCUUUAAUGGCAUAUGGAGAAUACCCUCUACUGAAAUAGAUAGACCGGGCUCUCUUUCUGCCCAUAUGAGUCGAUGUUUGUCAUUAUUACUGCAAAUUUUAAGAACGACAAAUGAAACGAAAACCUUAAUUGAUUUGUGCGUACAUUUAAGGAAAACUCCCGAACCAGAUAAAAUAUAUAUAAAAGAUUCAGAAAGGAUGGCAUUCUCCGAACAAGCGAUGACUAUGUGCGUACAAAGUAUGAGGGGUCAAAUCAAACAUAUAUCCGGUAUGUCAAAUCCUCAAAUUGCAAAAUUGCUACAGGAAAUAUAUAAGACAUAUCAAAGACUGCAGAAACAUGUUCCAGGAAAAGAACAGCCCUUCGCUAAUUUACUCGAAGAAGUCUACAGGAAAUUCAUUAAAGAAAAAAUACCUGAAAACGUAAAUGUUCUCGAUUUGGCUGUUAAGUUCUGUUCACAAAAUAGGGCAGCGGAAAAACAGAAACUUCAAGGAAUAACGAAAUCUCAAACGCUAUCACCUAGAGGAGCUGGAAUGUCUUCUGGUGCACCUGUAAUGCCAUCACCGCAAAACGUUACUCCAACUCAAUCACCAUUCUUGAAACGGCCUGGAACUACCAGACCUCGCGGUCGACCUCCUCUUCAAAAAAAUUCGAGUCAAUCGCCUCUUCAGAAAAAUCCGAAUCAGCCACGUUUCCAGAGACCGAAAAGUCCGAGUUCAGCUGGUCUUUCUAAGACGUAUCCGUGGCAGAAAUCGCUUAUGGAUCAUAGUUAUGCCUACGAGUACUUGAAGCACUAUCAAGAUGAACUGAUCAAACAAUAUAGUCAAAAUUUGAGUAUUGCUCAACUUACCCAAUUGAGCUCUAUAUUAACACAAGGCCAAAUCAACAAUCCGCUUACAGCUACUGCUAUAACAAGUCAGAUGUUAGCCCAAACUGGUUUAUUAAAUUCCACUUUGCUCAAACAAAUUAAUUCGGCAGGGAAUAUGUCACAAAAUGUCAACUCUCAACUUAUGGACAGUUUGAAUCAAUUGAAUCCUAAUAUGAAGAAAAAAUUGGGCGUUGAUCAAGCGCUUUCUAAUUUAACCUCAGAUCAAUUGAAAGUAUUGGGAACGUUAAUUCCAAAACAAGGUGGUGGAUCACAAAACAACCCAUGUAUACCUUAUACAAAUACAUCGAUAUCUGGUAUUAUUACCACUAAACAAGCAAAACAGCAAUCUUCGGCUCAAAGACAAUCAUCGCCAAGUACAUCCAAGUCGAUGAUUGUAGAUCCUCUAAAAACAAAACAUACUAUCGCAACUAGCGUGAUCAGUUCACCUUCGACUAGCUCACAGAGCGGAACGCAGAUGUUUAAGGAACCUGUGAAUAAGAUGUCUCCGCAAGAAGAGAAAUCUGCUAAAGAUUUAAUGAAAGACAGACCGAAUAUUUCAAUUACUCCGGUGGCGGUUAAUUUACCGCCGCCUUCAAGCGUUUCUCCAAGUUUUUUAAGACCAACUUCAACUAGUCCGUCCAGCGGUAAAACGCUACAAGAAAAACUGGCAGACAAGAAAAAAGAACAGCAAACUAAACAAAUGAAGUCAACCAGCGAUGUAGAGAAACGUCCAACUGAAGCUUUCAUAAAAAAUUUAAACAUUCCCAGCCUUCCCUCAUCUCUAACUGUAUCACCCGCUCAACCGAGCCCUUCUUCCACUCCUGAGAUGUCAUCGUCAAUGUUCGGCAUUCCAAAAACGACGCCAAGUCCCAAAUUCCCAAUGGAUAUUGGUUUGCAGGCUUGUGGUCCUUUGAAAAUACCUAAAGAGCAAAAUAUACCUGCAUCUCUGACUGUGUCAAAGGCCGUGACCAGUACCUUGCCUACGCCUACUUUCCCAGUGGACUCAGGAAUGUCUAUUAGUCAGGUUUCCAAAAAUCAACAGAGAAAGAACCAAGAGAAAUCUCCAAAUAAGGACACCAAUAAGCAAAAUAAUUCAGAAGUAUCACCAGUAGUUUUAGUAGCAUCAAAGAAAAAUAAUAGUGAUAAAGGGAAAAGUAAAAAAAUUAAAAGUGAAAAUGCAACGAAACCCAUACAAAUUAGCCAAAAAAUACCGCAAAGUAACUCGACGGUUAAAACGUCAAGUGAUUUGGUUACAAAAUUUAUUUCUAAACAUUCUGUAGACGCUUCGAAGAAAUCAAUUUCCCAGCCAAGUAAAAACUCCAAAUCAGAGUCUUUGACUAAAGCACAACUGUAUAAACUUUCUGCUACAUCUGAAUCAUCUAAAAAACUAGAAGCUCUUACAAAAUCUGGCAUUUCUAUUCAUUCUAUUCCAAAGGAAAAAAAGGAAGUACAAAAAACACCUGAGAAAUACGAAAAUGUUAAAAAGCGUUUUAAAAUUGAAUCUUUGACAACAGUAUCAAAAUUAAAAUCUGAUAAGAAUAAUAAUAAAUCUGAAACGUCUGUUAAAAUGGAAACUGUGGAUAUACAGAAACCGGAAAAUGCACCGGUUUUAAGUAUUGAAUCUGAAAGUUCUGUUGAUGAUGAUGAUGUUAUUUGUAUUGAUUGA